UUCCUAGCUCCGACGGGGCUCUCCCCCCUUCAGUGAUGGAAACCUAGCCCACAGCUCGUACGAGCGCGCGCGCUCGCCAAAAAAACUCGUCGAAGUCGAAGAAAAAGACCUCCGCGAGCGGGUUCUUCGGGAGGACCGGAGGAGCUUUUUGACAAGCUCGCCGGCCUCGGGACUUGUGGGCGACGGUCGCCGAUGUGGCGGCGGACGUGCCAAGAACGGGCGCGCUCCGCUCGGCCCCGUUCGGCCCGAUGAAGGCCGAGACCGCGCUACUGUGCCCGGCGACCCACGGCAAGCGAAGAGAAGCCCUGCGGCGCAGCCGACCGCGGCGGAGCGCAGGGUCGGCGGGAGGAGGCGGCGGCGACGAAGGAGGAGGAGGAGGCCCGCGGCGCGGCGGCAGCAGGAGGAGGAGAGGAGGCCGCUGCUGCUGAGGAAGUGGAGGACGGGGUGCCAUGGGCAACAAGCUGAGCUGCUCGUGCGCGCCGCUCGUCCGCAAGGGCUACCGCUACGAGGACACGCCCUGGCAGAACACGCGCCGCAGGGAUGGACACCUGCUGCGGCUGUGGGCCGAGGUGUUCCACGUGAGCGGCCAGGGUGGCGCCGUGAAGUGGCAGCAGGUGUCCGAGGACCUGGUGCCCGUCAACAUCACCUGCGUCCAGGACUCGCCCGACUGCGUCUUCCACAUCACCGCUUACAACUCGCAGGUCGACAAGAUACUCGACGUCAGGCUCGUACAGCCCGGCACCCGGCUCGGCCAGGCGUCUGAGUGCUUUGUCUAUUGGAAGGAUUCGCACACCGGUGACACAUGGGGUCUCAACUUCACCUCGCCUCUGGACGCCAAGCAGUUCCGAGAAUGCUGCUCCCCCGCCUUCAAGUUUUCACGAAAAGCGUCUUCAUCCUAUUCGCUCAAGCUAGAACCACCAAAGCAGAAAUCCAAGAACAGCAAGCGCAAACCCCAGUCGACUCCCAGCUCGCCAUCACGGGGUCGCGCCGAGCUGCAGUGCACCUGCAUGACGGCCGAGAACUUGCACCGGGCGAGAAACGGUCGCGUCCGCUACACGGGCGGCGCAGCCACCCUGCCCCGCGCACAGCAACUGUCCACCAGGCAAGGCCUAGAGCACACCCGGUCAGGUACGACCAGCAGCCAGGCCUCGGCGCGGGCCACAGCCCGGGCCCAGGCCGUGGCCGCGGCCCUCACCGCGUCCUCGAAGCAGCAACAACAACAGCAGCAACAGGACGGGGCCUCGAGCAGCACGACGGCCGCGAGUGUACACGGAGCAGCGACGACGUCCAGGGCCACCACGAGCGGCUCGUCGGUCUCUUCGCACCGCCGCAGAGCUGCCGCCGCCGCCGCCUGUGACGGCGGCGGUGGCGAGUCGAACCGCUUGCGGGACCAGUACGCGUCGCGCAAGGAGCAGGCCAAGAGCGUCGACUACAGCCCGUCCAGCCCGCAGCUGCAGGCGUCCAGCCGCUCCAAGAGCUCGGACAACGUGUUCGAGGAGGCGUCGGGCGGCGGCGGCGCGCGCGGAGACCUGGCCGCGCUGAGCCUCGACUCGAACACGCUCAAGCGAAUGCUCGACCCGCUGCCCCCUUCCUCUUCCUCCUCGCCCGACCAGCAGCAGCCGCCGCCGGCACAGCAGCAGCACUUGCACCAGCAACAGCAGCACCGGCGGUCGGUUCCCUCGGUGACGCACGGCUCGACGACGCCGCGACUCCGCGACCGCGAGCACCGCUCCGAGUCGGGAAGGAGGCGGAGCCUGGAGCGGAGCGUGGGCCUGGACCUGGCCGACGGGUCUCCGCCGUCGGACCACUUCCUGUACGACAACCUGUGCUACGCCACCACGCCGCCCAGCUCGAGCAACGACAGCAGCUCGGAGGAAGGGGAUGCCGCUGCCGGUGUCUCGGGGGGAGGCGGCGGCGCCGUCGCCUCGGGUCUCGCCACCCCACGGAGGCAGGCGUCGCACGAGGAGUCGCCCACGAGCAAGCUGCUCAUGGAGUACGAGACGCAUCUCAGGAACGCGCUGGCACGCGGGAUGGACGCAGAGAGCUAUAGUCUACACACGUUCGAGGCGCUGCUCACGCAAAGCAUGGAGAACGUCGUGGCCCUGAUGCGUGAAGUUCACGUGGAGCUGGAGGCGAUUCGGAAAGAAGAGCAGGCGCUCAAGACGCAGCCCAGCUUGCACGGGUUCCGGGGACUGCUAGAACAGCGGCUGGCCGCGUCCUCGGGGAGACCCAGCAGCGCGGGCCCGACACUGAGUGCCGGCGGGUCGCUGUCGUCCAGGAGGAGCACGCUGCUGUCGCAGGCCGGCACAGCGUCCUCUCUGAGCGUCGAGAGCAACCACGCCCUCUUUCCGCAGGCGUCGCUGGAGAGCACCGACUCGCGCGUCUACCUCACCUCGUCCGAGAUGUCUGACGACGAGCGGUUGUCGCUGACGACGGCAGUAAGUGACGAGGACGAGACGGGCGAGCCGCGUUCGGGCUCCCGCGCCGCCGGCUCCGGCGGCGGCGCGGCAGCGGCGGCCUCCUUCAACUGCACGGGCGCCGUGCGCAAGGCCGGAUUCCUCAGCGUCAAGAAGUGGCUACUGCGCAGGAGACACCAGGUGGAACUGGCUCGGAAACGUGGCUGGAAAGGCUACUGGGUGUGCCUGAAGGGCACGACGCUACUCUUCUACCCGUGCGACAGCCGCGACGGUCGAGCCAUCGACUCGACACCCAAGCACCUCAUCAUCGUCGACGGCGCAGUCAUGCAGCCCGUGCCCGAGCACCCUAAGAGGGACUACGUAUUCUGCCUCAGCACGGCGUUCGGCGACGCCUACCUCUUUCAGGCGCCCUGCCAAGUGGAGCUGGAAAACUGGAUCAACAGCAUUCAUUCUGCCUGUGCCGCGGCGUUCGCCAGGCAUCGAGGUCGCACUGGGACGCUACACCUCCUACAGGAGGAGAUCUUCAGGCUAGAGAAAGAAAUUGAGUCGGAUGCGAAGCUGAAGCACAUGGCCGAGCUACAGCUGACCGUUGUGGUGGACCAGGAGUCCCGGCAGACUCUGUCGGACCAGAUCGGACAGUGGGAGGAGAACCUCGAGAGGCUACACUGCGAGCAGUUCCGCCUGCGCUGCUACAUGGCCUCUCUACAGGUCUCCGAACUGCCAAACCCAAAGAACCUGCUGACCCACGUGUCCAAGGCAACCAAGGCGACGCUGAACAAGCUAGGCGUGUUCACCGUCUCCUCGUUCCACGCGUACAUCUGCGCGCGCAGCCCAUCGCUUCUCACAAACCUGCUCUCGGGCCGGGGCGCCACCAAGCGUAGGUCGCGCGCUGCACUUUCCAGGUCCAACAGUUCCAAAAGACUUCUAAGCAUGCCUUCGUCCUCACUACAAAGCAGCCUAGACCUACCUGCCUUAGGAGAAAAGAGCGUCAAGAUCAACUUGCCAGAUAAUCAAGCCGUGAUAGUAGGAGUUCGGGACAACAUGACCGUCGAAGAAGUGCUCUGGGUGGCCUGCAGCCGAAGGCAGUUGUCGCCCAACGACCACUUCCUACGCUUCCGCAGGAGGAAAGACAUGGACGACUGCUACGUGGCGGCGCGAACUGAGCUAUUUGACAACUUGAGCUUCGAGAGUCUGGAGGUCUGCGCCAAGGUGCUAUACCAAGUGGGGCUUUCCCGGAGUUCCCUGGACCAGUUGUUCGGCUUCAGCGUGGAAGCCGAACUGGUCGAGAAUACAGAUCACCAGGACGAACUGUGUGUUUACGUAAGCAGGGUGGAGGAAGGCAGCCUGGCACAUCAACAGGGGCUCAUGAAGGGCGACGAGAUCAUGGUGAUCAACGGGGCCAUCGUGAGCGACCUGGACAUGAUGUACAUCGAGUGCGUGCUGCAGGAGGAGCUCUCGCUCUGCAUGAUGAUGCGCUCGUCGCGCACCGAGCCGCCGGACUUGGCGAGUGCCAUGCGCACCACGGACGACUACAUCGAAUCCCUGGUCUGCCCGCCGCCGCCCAGCGACAGCGUGCUCAGCGACGAGAUGAUCGGAAAGCUGAUCGUGCCCUCGCCCAUCUGGGGUUCUCAAGAGCGAUCUCCGGACACAUCGGGCCGGCCCACGCCGUCGCCGGUGCCACCUCAGGACCAGUCUGGCCUCUCUUGCGACCAGAUAGAAAGCUUGCUCAAGGUCAUCGAGGACUCUUGUAAAAAGACCGCCGAGCAGGUGACCGAGUACUGCCGCGUGCCCGUGGAGCGGAGGCGGUCCAGCUUGGCCGGCGGGCUGCCUGCGGUCGCGGCAGCGGCCGCCGCCGCAGCCCAGCAACCGGCGCAGCCACCUCUGGUGGCGGCCGGCACGGUGCCCGGAGCUGCCUCGGUCGGCCAGGCGAGCAAGCAUAUGUCUGACGUGGAGAGACUUCGCAAGGUCAUCCUCGAGUUGGUAGACACCGAGAGGACGUACGUCAAGCACCUGAACAACCUGCUGGAGCACUACCUGGAGCCCAUGAAGAAGGAGACACUGCUGUCCAACGCCGAGAUCAGCGCACUGUUCGGCAACAUCCAGGAGAUCGUGCAGUUCCAGAGGCAGUUCCUCCAGAGCCUCGAAGAAGCCAUCGCCGCCGAGCCUGACUUCCAUCGGCUGGAGCACCCGAGCCAAUUUAAGAACGUGUUAUUUGCCCUGGGCAACUCCUUCUUGUACUACGCCGACCAAUUCAAGCUUUAUAGUUCCUUCUGUGCCAGUCACUCAAAAGCUCAAAAGGUUUUGCACCCGAGUGAAGGCAACACAGCCCUCUCGGAAUUCCUGCAAACGAGGAAUCCCAAGGGGCAGCACAGUUUCUCCCUCGAGUCGUACCUCAUCAAGCCCAUCCAGCGGAUUCUCAAGUACCCGCUCCUGCUCCAGCAGCUCAAGCACCUCACGGACCCCAUCACCGAGGAACACCACCACCUUGCAGAGGCCCUCAAGGGAAUGGAAAGAGUGGCCGAACACAUAAACGAGAUGCAGAGGAUCCACGAGGAAUACGGAGCCAUCUUCGAUCACUUGUACCGGCAGCACGUCAAAUCCUCGAAGCAGCAUGUGGACUUGAGCCCUGGUGAGCUGUUGUACUAUGGCGGCGUGGAGUGGCUCAACAUCUCCGAGUUCUUGGGCAAGAUCAAGAAGGGACUGGAGUUGCAUGCCAUGUGCUUUGUGUUCAAGACGGCCGUGGUCUUCCUCUGCAAGGAGCGCAUCAGGCAGAAAAAGAAACUCAUGGGAGGGUCAAGCAAGAACAACUCAGCCGAGGUGGAGAUAAUCCGGUACCAGGUGCUAAUCCCCGUAACCGAGGUCCAGGUUCGAGCCAGCAGCCAAAAGGACGCGGACUCGCACUAUCUCUGGGAGCUGGUGCACCUAAAAUCGCAAAUCCAGCGUCGGUCGGAGAAAGUGUACCAGCUGUCGAACAGCACGAGCGAGUUCCGGAACGCCUUCCUGCGCACCAUCCGGCAGAUCAUCCGGGAGUCGGUGCGCAACAUGACGGUGCCGGCGACCAAGCCGGCCGUGCGCGAGAAGCCCGGCACCCUGCGCCGGCUGGGCGGCAACGAGGGCUCGAGCGCCGCGUCGGCGGCGUCCGCGGGUCCCUCCACGUCGUCCAUGUCGCGCACGCUGAGCGGCAAGAAGCGCAACAAGUCGUCGCAGCGCCACUCUGCGGGCGACGCCAUCGAGACGUACGACAACGUGCCGGACCCGCGGCUGCCGGGACCCAGCAGCUUCCGGGGCACGCGCAGCCGCACCGUGGCCGACUCGAUGAACGGCAUGAGCGCGUCGGCGCGCGAGCUGGCGGCCGCCGCCUCCGAGGAGGACUCCGAGCGCUCGGACCGCUCGGACCGCUCCGAGCCCAAGGCGCCCACGAGCCUGAGCAGCGCGUCCUCCUUGUCGUCGUCGGGCGCCACGGCGCGGCUGAUCCAGUCGAGCCAGCCGCCCAGCUCGUACCAGCCGCCGGCGGCUGAGCAGGCCGGCUCGCCGGUGUGGAAGCCCAGGGCCUCGUCGGCAGACCGCGCGGGGCCGUCGGGACUGAACAGGCCCGACGUGAAAGAACAGUUCUUUGUGUACGAAGACUACGGCGGCGCCGCCGUCUACCAGCAGCGAUCAAGCCAGCAGCAGCAACAGCAGACCCCUUCAUCUUCCAAGCAGUCCGAGUGCUGACUGGUGCCAAAGUCUAGCGCCGCCCACCGCCGCCGGGCCUGUGGCUCCUGAGCCGGGGAAUGGGGGAGGGUGGCUUUUUGUACAUACACGCAAGCUAUUAUCGUAGGGAAAAGAAAAAAACCGGCGCUCAAAGCUCAACUUCUCACCACUCGCACGUGGGCCUAGUGUGGCUGGGGACCCCCGAGGCGCCAAUAAGCUGAUUCCCUGCGGUUGAUCUCUCACGCGCCGUUGCCCGGCGCUAUACUUGUGGACGAAAGGCGCGUCUCCUCUCUUUUUCCCGGAUCAGAGUACCUGACUUUUACAUCGGGGGCGAGGGAAGAAAGAAACACAAACGCUUUCGUACACCCCGCAAGAGCAAAACUGCAAAGCAGCAGCAGCAACAGCAAAACUGCACUGUAUGAACGGCACGCUGCGAAUAUACACUGCAAAGAACGAUGCUGCACAAGCAGCUCAAUGCAAAGCUGCUCGCGCACGUCUAUGCGCUCUGCUGGCGUUACGUUGUUGCAACAUUUAUCCUCUUCAAGAAGGGUCCGUGUCAACGCAUCAAGUGUGCUUUUCUCUCUUUUCUCACUCGGUCUGUCCUCGCCACGCCCACUUUUGUUCUUCAUCCAUCCUCGUUUGCUUGCGUCUCUGCACACAGUUGGCGUCAGGUCGUUCAGCCAAUGAGGUUCGUUGUGCGGUCACAGCAAUGUGCGUUCUCGCAGACGUCAUCUCAAACUCUUUCCCCUUGUACAUACUUGUACUUAACAUCCCUUCUAAAUGUGUUAAAGAAAAAAGAACAUCGAAAUGUCCGAUACAGUAGCAACCAUAGCAGGGUUUGUUUUUCAAUUGCUCGGCCUCGAUUGCGCAGGACGCCGUUCAAGCAGGCAGGAUUCGCUAUAAGCCUUUAAUAAGACGCAGGAACUUGCAUUCACGCUAAAGCUCGACGUGUCUCCAGGCGCUCGCUCACGAGAAAGAAACGUUGCCGCUGUAUCAGUUUUGCUUUUUUUGUUCGUUUGAUUUCGGGGGUCACAUAAGUAUGCGGACUUAAGUUUCCCGCGGAAGCCAUCUUCGAUAACGGAGCCACCGUGAAAGCAGCAGGGCACGAUUCAAACGCGAGUUCAAAGGGGUGAUAUUGUGCGUGAUGUGUAUGAAUGAGUCGCAUUUCUGUGAUGCCAAACGGCUUUUUCAUAUGGGAGGAGUAGGAGGAUAUGGGUGCGUAUGAGUGGCUGAGGGUGUCGCUGUCUCUCCACUGUCUCAUAUACGAUUGCUCGCGAAAGGGAGUAUAAAAGGUAUCAUACACGGUCGAUCGCGAUGGCGGAAGGGAGUAUAAGAGGUAUCAUACAUGGUCGCCAGCGAUGCUCUGCUACCGAAAUGCAGUAUAAAAGGUAUCAUUACGGCUGCUCGCGAUGCUCUGCCGAUGAAAUGGAGUAUAAAAAGUACCAUACAUGGUUUCUCGCGAUGCUGUGCCAUGUUAGAAGGGAGUAUAAAAGAUCGGGGAUCACUGCCACGUCUUCGGACGAAAAAAAAAAAAAAGAAUCUUCGGGGUUUGUUUUUACGUUAUUGGCCUGUAUCUCGACUGCAGGGGACACGCGGGCUCUUAGUGAUGCAAAAAAAAAAAAAAAAAAGCUGAAAUUCUGUCUCGUUCUGGGGCAUAUUGCGUGCCAGAGUUGGAGGCCUCCGUAAAUUUGACGACACUGCAUGCGUAGACGUUUUCAGUGGUAAUGCGUUUAGGGCGAGUCAUUGGUUUUUCUGCAGGCAUCAAUUCUUUAUCCCCAAUACCACUGGUACGGACUUCAAUGCUUCGGCAGGGUCCUCCGUUGGCGACGCUUCUGAUGGGGAUGCACACUUUGAGUGUAUCUUCAGUCUCGUUGUUGUGGUUCCGUUAACAAUGGUUUCCCGUCCCGAUAGUCUUGCUGUCUUCUUGUUUCUUAUUCGCUUUUGUGAAAUGCGUAACUGUAUGACCGGCGACUGCGGCUUUCGUGCAAACAUGUACAAGAGGGGACCAGGACAGCUUCCAAAUAGACCCUCCUUGUAUAUUCCAUGUGUCUCCAUUUUAAAAAGUUCGCCGCACCCUGUCCGAUCACUAUGACCCGCUCAUACUACCGGGGCCUGUUCAAACCGCAGGACAGGAGAGCAUCCCUUCGGAAGGAUUUUUCGAUCUUCGAAGCCGGGAACCCCGCAUGCUCUGUUCCGCGUUUAGUUUCUUGCAACCCCGAUGCCCAUGAGGUUCCUUUGCCCUUUCUCUCCGUCUCUCCUCCUCUAGUCCUUUUGGGUGGUCGCGAAACUGUGUGCAAACUACGUGGUGUUCAGUUGGGCGAUGGCUUGAAUGCAAGGGCCAGUCGUAUUUGUAACUCUUCACCGUGUGAAUAUGUCGAAUUCUAGUCUUUACGCCUCAUCGGGGGUAACGUCGUAUCGUGGGUGUUACGGGGACGAGCGACUCAUCUAUAAUGGCUGCGCCAUUGGCGAUGGUUCGACAUCAGGUCUGCUGAACACACUCGAAACAACCAUUGUGCUGUUUCUAUCCAUACGUUCAUUUCACUGGCGAUCUUCGGUUACGAGUAGAACCGAAGGUUAGGAAAGCAUGCACAUCCGACUGCAGAAUAAAAACACACACACACACAAAUGGAGCAUAUCAACUGCAAGGCCCAUAUAUGGGGGGACCCCCAUCAUCGCUCGCAAUGUGGAACGCCUGUAUUUGUAUGUGUGGUCCCAAUGUUGUAGCGUGCAGCGGUUGAAGAUGAAAAACAAAACGAGUCUGCGAAUUGCCUCUUUUUGCCUUGGACCGAAGGGCGAUGAAACUGGACUGUCCCCCUGCACAAGCUAGGGAGGCAAGGUUGCCUUUGAAGGAAGCUGCACGAUGCAUGUGGCGGCGUAGACCUGCAGAGCUUUUUUGCAUCGCUACCCUCCUCCUUAACCCUCAAAAGCCAUCAAGGCGCUCCCGUGACGCAAGCGCCUAACGCCACCCGAAGCAACGAGUGGUGGCGAAGUCACCUGCCGCCAUUAAAAAGCUCCCUGCUCGAGCUUUUACCCAACGGCAGUCGAAGAAUUGACCGACAUUAACUCAACAACAAACCACAACGGAAGGCAUUUGUUUUCGCUAGUGUGUUCACGUUACUAGUCACAUGGUGCGGUGGAUAACGCUCAUAUACCAAUCCCGUUAUCCGCAUCGUUUGUGGUUUUAUUCAUUCUUACUUACCACGCAGUAUACAGACUUCCCUGCCCAUCUCUUUGUCCCUCACCUCUCUCUCCCCAAACCCAUUUUAUGCGUACUGCAAGUUGGAGUGUGGGUGUUUUGGAGACGAUGUUUGUACAAUAAUGAACUGGAGUCGACACAAAUGCAAAACAAAAAAAAAAGGGAUUUGCCGGAGGUGUGUAUAAAUAAUGCGAGUUGUGUCGGAACCAUGCUCAAGCCGUUUUUAAGACGAUGUUUUCCCCCGACGACACACAAACACAAACACACACGCAUCCAUGAAUGAAAUACAUAAUAGCGGCGUGGCCGGUGAACUCUCAUCACUAUAUGAAAUGCAUGAAUGUCAUCACAUCUUCUCAUGGUACAUCGUUCCCUUGUCUUGACACUCGUUUCGACGCAAAAACGGUCUCGGCACGUCAUACGGAGGACACCCGAGGCGCAGGAGAGAUAGAAAAAAAAACAUUAAAUGCUAUGGUAAAACUUUUUAUUCCAUAGAUCCAGAGUGUAUUUAAAAGAAAAAAGUGUGUACUUCUAGACCUGUGCUACGAUGUCUUCAAAAUGGCAUGAAUCUUUCCGCUAGUCUUCGAUAUAUUGCAUUUGGUGCUGUGUAUAAAUGAAAACGUCAGUGUUGUUUCCUCUUCGCUUUGUGUUUUCGCUUCGAUUGUUUGCCCCUUAGAGGUGUGUGACUAUGCCAAUAGUGGACGUCACUUCAAGCUAACCCUACCCAAAGAGCAUUUGUUCUUCGUGCCACGUUGACUCGUCAUUUCUUUCGCCAAAGUACUCUGUCUGAUGUGUUGUUGCUCGUAGAUGUUUUAGCCUUGUAGGAAUAAAGUACAGCCCAUCCGAAAAACAAAAGUCGGCCUGAGAGGCUCGGGAGAAAAAAAAAUGCAGGUCUAAAUAAACACACGAUGUACACACAAAUAACACGCCACGCAGACACGUUGCCCGAGAGACUAUAAUAUAUAAUUAUGUAUAUUAUAAUACAAAUCACGAAAUAUCUAGCGGAGGUGAGAUCUAGGCCGAGUGUAGGAACGGGCGGCAGCUAACAUGUUCGAGAAGCUCACUUCAUUCGAUGUAUUUAUUGCGAUAGAAACUCUUUUAGACGGCCUCUACAAACUAGCCGUAUUUUGGGGGAGGCAAAGCAGCUGGAGUUGCGGUGCUCUCCCGUAGAGUUGGCCGCGACAUUAGCAACGGUGUUUCGGGGGAGUAUAUUGACACCCUGGAAGGUGAGGGGAGUAUUUUCAAAGUGACUGGGGGGUGUCCUGUACAGGAAUGAUAGUUUCGGAGUUGGUGUUGUUGGUGCCGCGAGGUGAAAAAAAAACCAUGAGCUUCUUUUAGAAUGUGAGUCGUCGGUGGCGGCUCAUACGUGUAGUGUCGUUUUUUUCUUUGUAUCUCUAUCUCUAUUUCUUGUUUUAUUCUUAUCUUUAUUUCUUUUCUGGUAGUGGGCAGGAGAAAAAAAAACGUAUAGCUCUUCACUUAUAUUGUACACUUAAACGUGCGAAGAAGCAUAUUUGACUGCGUGACUGCGUGUUGCUUGCGUGUGCAUGUGGCCGACGAAUGUGUGUGUGUGUUUGUGUUACGAGCGAGUUCGAAGACGUACUGUAUACAAUUUUUCGUUUAUAUUAUUUUAUUUUUUUCGCUAAGUCGUUAUCAGCGCGAGCAACAAAGAUCAACCCACUUCUCCUUUUACUCGGUCACGUGGUCAUUAUAUUCACGUGCAGGAUGGCAUCUCUCUUUUAAGGUGAAGUGUUCCACUUGUUUUCGUCGUGGUCUGUAUACCCGGUCUCGAGGGGUAUUAGGUAAGACAAUACUUCAGCCUGUGCAGCUUCGCACUCGUGGUCUCUAGGAAUUGCGCGUAAUGAGAUGAGAAAAAAAAAAGAGCAUGGUCAAACACUGUACAUUACUUUGAGUUUGUCGACGUGAAAUAUUGAGCAUUAUUUAUUAGUACGUUGCUUGUUGCGAUGCGUUCUCUGUUGCUUGUCGCCGUCUACAGUUACAUCUACCCCUUAUUUAUUGCAUCAUUGCUUUGCUAUCCAUGUAGAGAAAAACGUACCGUUUCUCACAUCCCCCGCUCUUGGUUUGUGCGCGGAGUGGGCCGAUACGUAACGUGGGUGCAAUGGGUUUCUCGGAGCUCCUAUGUGGCGCCCGAAUUUAAGCAAAACAAGCGCGACGGAGUAAAAGAGGAGUGGAACGUACGCUUUACUCCGAGAAAUGUUGAUUCGUAGAGUGCAGCGGUAUUCGCUCUAAAGGUGACAUUUACGUGUAUAUAUGUACUUUAACUGAUUCCUGUACAGGUUAAUCUUUUUACGCUUACGCCGUUUAGUGUGGAUUCCCGUACCCCUCCAAGACGCUUUUUCUUACUGCAUAUAGAACAAUACAAAUAUAUAACUGAUUGGCGUUUGUUGCUUCGGCGAUGUAUCCGCUUUUUUUUCUUCUUUUUUUUUUAGCCGAGCGGCAUUGUUGUCCGAUUGUGUUGCUGUGUUCUUAGCAAAUCGUUUCUUACUUUUUCUUUUUGCUAUUUCGGCGCGACUUUAAUAGAGGGCGUAAAAGCACGCUAUGCACUCUAAGAACAAAGGGUAUUUCGACAGCACCCUUACGGUGAUGUAACGGCUCUUUUAGUGUUUUUACUCCCUUUUUAAGGAGUUAUUGCACGCCGACAGAGAGGGGGUUUUAGGGUAUGAACUUACUAAAACGGGAGUCAGCGUUGGAUAAGUAGCCACUCCGUAAGAAGAGUUAGAAAGUGAUCUCGUCUUGCCGUGCAGACAAAAAUGCGGGAGUAAAAGGUCUCCGGCUGGAGUGUAUAUCUAGAUAGAAUAGUUUUUAGGCGCUCUCGCUGGGGGCAGUGAUGCACCGAGGUGGAACCAACUUUGAGGAGAGAAGACAUAACGUGCCAACGCUGUGUAGCCUGAAGGCGUGCGUAGCUUGGGGGUUUCUUUCGCUACUUAAUCGACGAACAACGGUGCCUCAAGGCCUGUUGUCCGCACGGCAGAAAAAGCAGCAUUCUGCGUCGCACUUAGCGAGCGCUCCAAUCGAGCAGGGAAGCUCGCCUAACAGGGUUUUUUGACAGCAGAUAGCCGGAUCAAAUGGAGCCAAAAGAAUCGGACCACACGGCCGCUUCGAAGAAUCUUUCUCUUUUUUUUUUCUUUCUCGUUAUCUUGGAGAUAUUUUACCGAGAAGUGUACGUAGCGUGCUUAGUUGAGCAGUGUUUAUUCGAACGUUAUAACUAUAUAUAGGCAAGCUUACUACAUGGUUUUAGAUACUGGUUAUUUACUCAGCAGCGUGAGCGUUUACGAAUGAAAUAGUUUACUCCGCUUAUAGCGACCAUGCUUCGUUCUUUUGCGGAGCGACAAAGGGCUGAGGCAGGUACGGGAUUACGACUCUGCGUUUACUAGUCCGACACGUGAUUUUGACAGCGGUACAAAUGUGUGAAGAAAGAAAAUUGAGAUACACAACAACGCGUAUCUGUUCCGUGACAGCCUGCGUAUGCUGUCCUUACGAUACGAUGCAACGUUCUUGUUUGUUUGUUCUUUUUCUUUUUUAUGUGAAAUACUUGAUCCAAAAUUAUCGAGAAUAUCAUCAAGUAAGACCGCGUCAUCCGUUCACACAUAAGCUGCAUCAACAGCCGCGCAGUGUUGUAAGUGCGAUCCGCGGGAGUCAACAUUCGGUGGCUGAGAAUAUGGCUUGAAACGAAUUCGAUUGUAUAAUAACUUUGUACGAAAGCGCGUGUACGAUGGGGUCGACAGGAACCAGCGAGCCGUUUUCACUGCAGCUUGCAUUUCUAUUAGAAGUACAUGACCCUGGGUUCACCGUCGGAGUUCACGCCGGUUUGGAGGACUGUUCCUCGGCUUCGUGCAACGUGCGUGACCUGUGUGCUUCUAUUCCUCGGAGCGCAGCCCAUUUUUUUUCCCUUCUUUCUCUAGAUAUAUUACGCGCUUGUGUUGAUGUGUUGAGUUGGUGUUCACGAGUGGCGUGGAUUGCGAGGACAACAAACACGUGGGUGGCUCACCGCUCGUCGCAGAUACCACAAAUUGAUACGCGGCAACCGCGUGGUACCACCGGUAUACUGUCUCUAAAACACUUUUAGGGUGAUUUCUUUUUUGACAAUGAGUGAAAUAAAAGGGAAAUAUUAACCACGCUGA